CAGAAUUCCUUCACCGCGUUCCGCUCCCUCUUGAAAAUUUCAAACUACACAUCCGCGUACACCCAUUCCCUACUGUGGUCCCCACUACAGUUCUCACCGAUUUGAGCCAAAGUCGCUACUCACCAAGUCUUUUGUUCUUCCUUGCCUGUAACGUUUUUGCAGAGGAAAAGUUUUUUCGCGGUCCCAUCCUAGAUUCGUGCCCCCACUCUCUUAGCUCAACCCCAAUCCCGAACCCCCUUUCCCAGUCAUCUUCUUCUUCUUUAUUGCUGGUUUAAUUACAUACUUUUUCGUCUCUGUAAUUGCUGUUAAUUUGAAAGCGCGACGAUCUAUUUGCCGAGACUUGACUUCACAUUUCUAGGGUUUAUCAAUUUCUUCGUCUCCACCGAAGCGUGUGCACAGAGUGUUUGUUGACAUUUCGGCGGGCGCCGGUCGAGAUCUCCUUUUCCGGUGAGGAGGAUUUCGUGGAGAUGUCUCGAGUGGAGGACUUGUGGGAGCGGUUAGUGCGUGCAGCACUAAGAGGCCGAAGAGCAGGUGGGGAUUUGUAUGGGCGGCCCGAGACUGGCCUUGCUACAAAUGUUCCUUCUUCACUUGGAAAUCGGAAUAUAGAUGACAUUCUGAGGGCUGCGGAUGAGAUUCAAGAUGACGAUCCUAAUGUUUCCAGAAUUUUGUGUGAGCAUGCUUAUUCGUUGUCACAAAAUCUGGAUCCAAAUAGUGAAGGAAGGGGUGUAUUACAGUUCAAGACUGGUUUGAUGUCCGUUAUUAAGCAAAAGUUAGCGAAGAGGGAGGGUGGAGGCAUAGACAGAAGCCAGGAUAUUGCUCGCCUACGGGAGUUCUAUAAACUAUACAGAGAGACGAAUAAUGUGGACAAGCUGCGAGAAGAGGAAAUAAAGUUGAGGGAGUCCGGUGUUUUUAGUGGUAACCUUGGGGAAUUGGAGCGUAAAACAGUGAAAAGGAAAAGAGUCUUGGCUACACUUAAGGUUCUUGGAAAUGUCUUAGAGCAGCUUAGCAAGGAUGUUUCCCCUGAAGAAGCUGAAAGAUUAAUUCCUGAGGAGCUGAAGCGUGUGAUGGAGUCGGAUGCAGCAAUGACAGAAGAUCUAAUUCCCUAUAAUAUAAUUCCUCUGGAUGGUCCUAAUAUAACCAAUCCGAUUGUAUCUUUUCCAGAGGUAAGAGCAGCUGCUUCGUCUUUGAAGUACUUCAGGGGCCUUCCAAAAUUACCGGCAACUUUUUCAGUUCCGGCGUCAAGAAGUUUAGAUAUCUUUGAUUUUUUGCAAUAUACUUUUGGCUUUCAGAAAGAUAACAUUUCAAAUCAGCGAGAAGAUGUUGUUCACCUCCUUGCUAAUGAGCAGAGUCGGCUUCGAAUUCUCGAGGAACUUGAGCCGAUAUUGGACGAGGCUGCUGUGCAGAAAGUAUUUUUGAAGUCCCUUGACAACUACAUCAAGUGGUGUAACUAUUUGGGAAUCUUACCAGUGUGGAGCAAUUUGGAUGCUGUAAGUAAAGAGAAGAAGUUGUUGUUCAUUUCGUUGUACUUCUUAAUAUGGGGUGAAGCAGCAAAUGUUCGAUUUCUUCCAGAAUGCUUAUGCUACAUAUUUCAUCAUAUGGCAAGGGAGCUGGAAGAAAUACUACGAGAGCAGGUUGCACAGCCAGCUGACAGUUGUGUUUCUGAGUCUGGUGUAUCAUUUAUCGACCAAGUUAUACGUCCUCUUUAUGAUGUUAUUUGUGCGGAAGCUGGAAACAAUAAUAAUGGCGCAGCACCUCAUUCAGCAUGGAGAAAUUACGACGAUUUCAAUGAAUAUUUUUGGUCGCUGCAUUGCUUUGAGCUUAGUUGGCCAUGGCGCAAGAGUUCAAUUUUUUUCCUAAAGCCAACACCGAGGUCAAAGAAUUUUUUGAAGUCUAGUGGAGGCAAACGUUGUGGGAAAACAUCUUUUGUUGAACACAGGACGUUUCUACAUCUCUAUCAUAGUUUUCAUCGUCUGUGGAUAUUCCUUGCGAUGAUGUUUCAGGGACUUACAUUAAUUGCCUUCAAUAACGGGCAGUUAAACACCAAGACCAUGCGUGAAAUUCUUAGUGUUGGACCAACAUAUUUUGUGAUGAAGUUCUUCAAGAGUGUGCUGGACAUCAUAAUGAUGUAUGGAGCAUACUCUACCUCAAGGCGCCUAGCUGUCACCAGAGUUUUUCUCCGCUUUCUUAGCUAUAGUUUGGCUUCGGUUGUCAUAUGUUUCCUUUAUGCGAGAGCCCUUGAAGAGCAGAGUAACGCCAACAACAAUUCAAUCACGUAUAAACUGUAUGUCAUAAUUAUUUCCAGCUAUGCGGGUGCAAAGUUCUUUUUGAGUUUCUUGCAGCACAUACCAGCAUGUCACCGUCUGUCGGAUCGGGGUGAUAGUUGGCGUCUGGUUCGUUUUAUGAAGUGGAUGCACCAGGAACAUUACUAUGUCGGCCGGGGCAUGUAUGAAAGAGCUUCAGAUUUCAUGAAAUACAUGAUCUUCUGGUUUGUUGUGCUCGGAGGAAAAUUUUCUUUUGCUUAUUUCCUACUGAUUAGACCCUUGGUGGGCCCAACAAGGCUAAUUGUUAACAUCCCAGUCACGCGGUAUUCUUGGCACGAUUUUGUGUCAAAAAAUAAUCAUAAUGCUAUGACUGUAGCAAGCUUAUGGACGCCUGUGGUGGCUAUUUAUCUCUUGGAUAUCCAUAUUUUCUACACAGUUAUAUCUGCUGUAUGGGGUUUUCUGCUGGGUGCUCGAGAUCGUCUUGGGGAGAUUAGGUCUCUAGAUGCCGUUCAUCAACUUUUUGAGAAGUUUCCUGCAGCUUUCAUGAAUAAUCUUCAUGUACCACUCCCUAACAGGGAUUCACUGCAUUCAUCUAGUCAGUCCCUGGAGAAAAACAAAAUUGAUGCUGCUCGGUUUGCUCCCUUUUGGAAUGAAAUCAUAAAGAAUCUGAGGGAGGAAGAUUACAUCAGCAAUUUGGAAAUGGAGUUGCUUCAAAUGCCUAAAAAUUCAGGGAGUCUUCAACUUGUCCAGUGGCCACUUUUUCUUCUAGCUAGCAAGCUAUUCCUUGCAAAAGAUAUUGCUGUAGAAAAUAAAGACUCGCAAGAAGAACUUUGGGAUAGGAUUUCAAGGGAUGAUUACAUGAAAUAUGCCGUUGAGGAAUGCUUUUAUAGUGUAAAAUUUAUCCUUACAGCGAUACUAGACGAUGAAGGAAAUAAUGAAGGAAAGAAGUGGGUUGAAAGAAUAUAUGAAGACAUCCAGGGGAGCAUAGCAAACGGGUGUAUUCAUGUUGACUUUCGGCUGAAUAAACUGCCACUUGUUAUUCAAAAAGUUACAGCACUCCUUGGAAUACUGAAAAAAGAUCACACACCUGAACUCGAAACUGGCGCUGUUAAAGCUAUUUUGGAUCUCUAUGAUGUUAUGCGACAUGAUAUCUUAUCUAUCAAUAUGAGAGAUAAUUAUGAGACAUGGAAUAUGCUGUCAAAGGCAAGGACUGAAGGUCGCCUCUUUCAAAAGUUGAAGUGGCCUCAAGAUGCAGAGUUGAAAGCACAAGUUGGUAGAUUGUAUUCACUUCUUACUAUCAAAGAUUCCGCUGCAAAUGUCCCCAAGAAUCUUGAAGCUAGGCGGCGGCUAGAGUUUUUCACUAAUUCCCUUUUCAUGGAGAUGCCUGAAGCUAAACCUGUUCGAGAGAUGCUAUCUUUUUGUGUUUUCACUCCAUAUUACUCUGAGAUUGUGCUUUAUCGCAUGUCUGAUCUCCUUAAGAAAAAUGAAGAUGGUAUUUCAACUUUGUUUUACCUCCAAAAGAUAUAUCCAGAUGAAUGGAAAAAUUUCCUUGCUCGGAUUGGACGUGAUGAAAACGCAUCAGAGUCGGAGCUUAGUGAUAAUCCUAAUCAUAUCCUUGAAUUGCGGUUUUGGGCUUCGUAUCGAGGACAAACGUUGGCCAGAACAGUUCGGGGAAUGAUGUACUACAGGAAAGCUCUAAUGCUUCAAGCAUAUCUGGAAAGGAUGUCAGCUGGAGAUGUCGAAGCUGGUAUUACUGGAAAGGAUUCAACUGAUGUUCAAGGUUUUGAGUUGUCUCCGGAAGCAAGAGCUCAAGCAGAUCUUAAAUUCACAUAUGUUGUGACAUGUCAGAUAUAUGGAAAGCAGAGAGAAGAGCAGAAACCUGAAGCUGCAGAUAUUGCUCUGUUAAUGCAAAGAAAUGAAGCUCUCCGAGUUGCUUUCAUCGAUGUGGUUGAAACUCUGAAGGACGGGAAAGUGCACUCAGAAUAUUUUUCAAAACUUGUGAAGGCUGAUAUCAAUGGAAAAGACAAGGAAGUCUAUUCAAUAAAGCUACCAGGAAAUCCUAAACUUGGUGAAGGCAAACCUGAAAAUCAGAAUCAUGCUGUAGUCUUCACUCGUGGUAAUGCUAUGCAGACAAUUGACAUGAAUCAGGAUAACUACUUCGAGGAAGCCUUGAAGAUGAGAAAUCUUCUUGAAGAGUUUCACUGUGAUCAUGGAUUACGCCCGCCUACUAUUCUAGGUGUCAGGGAACAUGUUUUUACUGGAAGUGUUUCUUCUUUGGCAUCCUUCAUGUCCAACCAAGAAGCUAGCUUUGUUACACUUGGUCAGCGUGUUCUGUCAAAUCCUUUGAAGGUUCGUAUGCAUUAUGGGCAUCCGGAUGUAUUUGAUAGAGUUUUCCAUAUCACAAGGGGUGGGAUCAGCAAGUCAUCUCGUAUAAUCAAUAUUAGUGAAGAUAUCUUUUCAGGUUUUAAUUCAACUUUACGCCAAGGAAAUGUGACUCACCAUGAAUACAUUCAGGUUGGCAAGGGGCGAGAUGUCGGACUAAAUCAGAUUGCUGUUUUUGAGGGAAAAGUUGCUGGGGGCAACGGUGAACAAGUUCUUAGUAGGGAUGUUUACAGGCUUGGUCAGCUCUUUGAUUUCUUCAGGAUGAUGUCAUUCUACUUCACGACAGUUGGAUACUACUUUUGUACCAUGUUGACAGUGCUGACAGUCUACGCCUUUCUCUAUGGUAGGGUGUAUUUGGCAUUAUCUGGGGUCGGUGAAUCCAUACAAGACAUAGCAGAUGUAUUGGGGAAUACUGCUCUUAGUGCGGCUCUAAACGCACAGUUUCUGUUCCAGAUUGGUGUCUUUACAGCAGUGCCAAUGAUUUUGGGUUUCAUCUUGGAGCAGGGAUUUCUUAGGGCUGUGGUUAGUUUUGUCACAAUGCAGUUUCAGCUCUGUACCGUCUUCUUCACAUUUUCGUUGGGCACAAGAACACAUUACUUUGGCCGGACUAUUCUUCAUGGUGGUGCAAGGUAUCAAGCAACCGGUAGAGGAUUUGUGGUGCAACACAUCAAGUUUACUGAAAAUUACCGGCUUUAUGCACGAAGUCAUUUUGUGAAGGGGAUGGAAAUUUGUCUGUUGUUGAUUGUAUACCUUGCAUAUGGAUACAAUGAGGGUGGUGCUUUAGCAUAUAUUCUUCUCACUGUAAGCAGUUGGUUUCUAGCUGGUUCUUGGUUGUUUGCUCCGUAUUUGUUUAAUCCAUCUGGAUUUGAGUGGCAAAAGACUGUAGAGGACUUCCGGGAUUGGACAAAUUGGCUUCUCUACAGAGGUGGAAUUGGAGUUAAAGGAGGAGAAAGCUGGGAGGCUUGGUGGGAUGAAGAAUUGUCUCAUAUUCGAACUUUCAGUGGAAGAGUGAUGGAAACCAUUCUAAGCCUACGAUUCUUCAUCUUCCAGUAUGGUAUUGUCUACAAGUUAGAUGUACAAGGAACAGAUACAUCACUAACGGUGUACGGGUUUUCAUGGAUAGUACUCGCCGUGCUUAUUAUUCUUUUCAAGGUAUUCACCUUUAGCCAGAAGAUAUCAGUCAAUUUUCAGCUACUGCUGCGUUUUAUCCAAGGUGUCUCGUUUUUAUUCGCAUUGGCGGGUAUUGUUGUGGCUGUUGCAAUUACUAAUCUGACAAUCGCCGACAUAUUUGCUUGUAUCUUGGCUUUUCUACCCACUGGGUGGGGAAUUCUCUGUAUUGCUUGCGCAUGGAAACCUGUGAUGAAGAAAGUUGGACUGUGGAAGUCGAUUCGAUCCAUUGCUCGAUUAUAUGAUGCUGCGAUGGGUAUUCUUAUUUUCAUCCCGAUUGCCUUAUGUUCGUGGUUCCCGUUUGUUUCCACCUUCCAAACACGGCUCAUGUACAAUCAGGCCUUCAGUCGGGGACUGGAAAUCUCGCUUAUCCUUGCUGGAAACAACCCUAAUACUGGCAUCUAAUCAAAUUUUGUGGCUAUUUAAAAAACUCUCUGUAUAGAACAACUCUCUCUUCUGUUUCUUUAUUUGCACCUGGAGACUUUAGAUCCUUAAUUUUUUUUCUUUAGUCACAUGUGUUGGUGACUAUCGAAAGUUUUGGUAUUUAUAUAUUUUUUGAAUAUGUAUGUACAUCACUAACAUUUGUAGAUUUGUACGUUGGUUAUUGUGCCAUAAUAUGGGAAUUCAUUGCAAUUUAUAGUUCUCUAAUUAGAAGAUGAUUAGAGAAUUUAAAA